AAGCUACCCGGCUACCCCUGUACACCCCCCGCCCGCGUGCAGGCAGACAGGCAGGCCAACAGGAAGCAACAAUAUGGUGGCGGCGUUCGCGCAGUUAGCCCGUGAGCUCGUCGUAGCGUGAACGCGGGCGAGCUGUCACGAUGAGCCUCUGCGCGCACUUUUUACGACAGGCAGAGGCCCUGAAGGCGGACAUGACAGACUCUAAGCUGGCGGCGGCUGAGGCGUGGACGUCCCGCCAGGCCUUGCAGGACUUAUACCAGAAAAUGCUGGUCACGGACCUGGAGUACGCCUUGGACAAGAAGGUGGAGCAGGACCUGUGGAACCACGCCUUCAAGAACCAGAUCACCACCUUGCAAAGCCAAGCCAAGAACCGGGCCAACCCCAAUCGGAGUGAGGUACAGGCUAAUCUGUCCUUGUUCCUGGAGGCGGCCAGCGGCUUCUACACUCAGCUCUUACAGGAGCUUUGCAGCGUCUUUAACGUUGACCUGCCGUGUCGCGUCAAGUCGUCGCGGCUGGGCAUCAUCAGCAAUGGACCGAACGGCGGCGGCGGCGGCAUCGUGACGCCGCAGCCCAGCUCCUGCUCGUACAUCUGCCAGCACUGCCUGGUACACCUGGGCGACAUUGCUCGCUACCGCAACCAGACCAGCCAGGCCGAGUCAUACUACCGGCACGCCGCUCAGCUGGUUCCAUCCAAUGGUCAGCCGUACAACCAGCUGGCCAUCCUAGCGUCUUCGAAAGGAGACCAUCUGACCACCAUCUUCUACUACUGCCGCAGCAUCGCCGUCAAGUUCCCCUUCCCCGCGGCCUCCACCAACCUGCAGAAGGCGCUGUCCAAGGCUCUGGAGAGCCGCGAGGAGUCGAGAGGCAAGUGGAGCGUGUCUGACUUCGUCAAGGCCUUUAUCAAGUUCCACGGACACGUGUACCUGAGCAAGGGUGUGGAGCAGCUGGACGCUCUGAGGGAACGUCUGGAGGAGCAAUUCCACAGGCUGAUCCACCAGAAGGCCUUCAGCUCGCAGCAGCUGGUCCACAUGACGGUCAUCAACCUGUUUGAGCUGCAUCACCUGCGAGAAAUAGCGGCCGACGGCCAGCAGACAGUCAGCUGGUUCCAGCUACUCGGGCUUUUCAUGUCCUUCCUGGGCCUCAUGUGCAGCCGAGUUCUGCUCAACAAGAACCGCGAUGAGGAGGAGGUUGCCGGCGAGUGUCCUCUGCCGGCCAUCAAGGUUUCUCUGGACUGGCUCCGCCUGAAGCCCAGCGUGUUCCACGAGGCCGCUGUCGACCAGAGGCAGCACGUCUGGCCCUGGCUGGUGUCCAUCCUCAACAGCUUCCAGCCCAAAGACCAGCACGUGUCCGCAUCUUCAGUGACGCCACUGCCGGAGGAGUUCGAGCUUCAAGGCUUCCUGGCUCUGCGGCCGGCUCUCAGGGCAGUGGACUUUACCAAAGGUCACCAGGGCGUUCCGGUGGACCGCGAUGUGCUUCUGCUGCGCACGCGUCACCAGAGACUGAUCGCGCUGGGAAAGUGGAUCGCUGACAACCAACCAGGGCUCAUCCAAUGUCGUGCCGGCGAGGACGGCCUGCUCCUCUUCCUCAGCGACAUUCCCGAGCAGGCCAUCGAAGAGCCGGCGGAGAAGGAGCCGUGCGUGCUGCAGGAGGCGUCCAACGGCGAGCGGGCACUGGGCGAAGGCGCCAACGUCGGCCUCAAGUCGGUCCUGUCGGCGGGAAAAGCUGCAAACUCUUGGGUGGAUGGUGCCGAGCGGCCCGUCGUCACCUUCAAAGAAAACAUCAAACCGCGCGAGCCCGCACGUGGAAUUCAGCAGAAGGAUGGCGGCAAGGAGCGGCGAGACUUGGUCAAAGGAAACGGUCUGGCAGCUGCGGGGGUGGCGGCAAAAACUGAGCUGAAGCGUGAUGGCAAAAGGAAGUGCGAGACCAAAAAAGCUGCUCAGGAGAAAGUUCUCGAGGCUGGGAAACAGGUGAAAGCUCAAACAGAACUGAGGAAGACUCCAGUUUCGGAGGCCAAGAAGACUCCGGCUACUCAAACGCAAGCAGCCACGUGCUCUUCCCAGUUCAUCCCAAUCCAUCACCCAGGAGCCUUUCCACCUCUGCCGAGUCGCCCUGGCUUUCCGCCCUCCGCCUUCGUCAUCCCUCCCGCGGUGGCGUUCCCGGGCCUGCAGGUGAAUCCGGGCUUCGCCUUCUCCGCCGGCGUGUCUGUGCCGGGCCCCUUCCUGCAGCCGGCCGCGCACGCGCAGGCGGGCUCGCAGGCGGCCAACGGGGGCAAGCAGUCCCACAUCCCUUACAGUCAACAGAGGCCGUCUGGGCCCGGCUCCUCGGGGCCCGGCCAGCAGCAGCCCCACGCCCUCUCCCACCCGCAGCUGCAGGUCACGUCGCCCACCAAGCCCGUCCAGCAGGUUACAAUGGGCAAGAGUCCGCCCCACCUGCAACAGGCGUUUGUCCAGGACGCGCAGCUAUGGAGUCCGAGUCAGGCGGCGCUGCAGAAGCUUCCGCCGUCCGUUCAGAUGUCACUGAAGCCGCAGACCUUCUACUUGACGACUCAGGAUGCCGUCAAAGUGUACGAACAGCAGAUGGCGCCGCACGCCUCCGCUAUGGACAAGAAGAUGAAGUUCCCGCCCUACUGGGAUGCCCCCUCCUUCAGGCUGCCCGAUGACAGGAUGAAGCGGCCCCCACCUCCUGAACAGGACGCCGCCAAUGGGCCCAGAGGAACCCCCUUUGAGGGGACCUCGCGCUCGCCUCUUCUUCCUCCCGACCUUUUGAAAUCUCUGGCCGCCGAUGUGGAGGACGAGGACGAGCUGCUCUUUUCUAAGCCUCCCAAUUUCUUCCGGGCUCUGUCCGCUCCUCUUAGCUCGCUUCCCGGACCCAACUUGUUUCUGCCCAAUCACAGCAGACAGACGGACGGCGGCCUCGAGGCGCUCGGCCAGUCGUCUUCCCUCUUGCCCGCGCAGGAGUAUAACCAGAACAGCAUCUUCAGUCAGGCCUACGGGAAGAACGUGCCGUCAAACUCCAAGUGUGACGCUCCCAUGAUGCACCAGGAGACAUCACUGUACUCUUUGUUCGAGUGGACGCCGUGGUCGCCCUCGCUGCCCGCCAGCUCAGAUCACUCUACCCCGGCCAGCCAAUCACCUCACUCAUCCAACCCCAGCAGCCUGCCGUCCUCCCCGCCCACCCAUACCCACAACCACGCUGUGGCCGCCACGCCCUUCUCCAACUUUGGGCCCAUCGGCACACCGGACAGUCGCGAGCGCAGAGCGCUUGACCGCUGGAAGCCCGACAAGACAGGUGGCGUGAGCGGCUUUGGGUUGGAGUACCUGCCGGCCACCGCUUCGGACGCCAGCUGGCACCAAGCCCCCGCCAGCGGCAGCUCCUGGACCAAUCAGGAGUCUCCGAUGGAAGAGUCAUCCUCCAACAUGCUGCUGGACAGCUUCAAGUCGAUUUGGUCGAGCUCGAUGAUGCAGCCUGGCCCGUCGGCGCUGGAGCAGCUUUUGCAGCAGCAGAAGCAGAAACAGCAGCGAGGACACGGCACCAUGAAUCCACCGCACUGAAACCCCCGCACGAUGACAUCAUCGACAUCAUGGCUGCCACACUUUGACGAACACCAGCAACCGUUGGUGGACGCAGGAGGGUUGGGGAGGCACGACCCCCUCACCUCUAAAAACAAGACACCAGGAUGAGACUCCACCCGGACGAGGUCGCCUCCGCUGAAGGGAAGCGGGCCGAUGCCAACGACGGGGGUUGAGGGACCGCGCGCAUGCCAUCAUCGCUAACUAAACAGAUGUACACACAACACACCCAUAGAACAAAAGCACACACACACAUAGAACAAAAGCACACACAAACACGCACACACCCACACACACAUGAGUGGUCGACAGGAUGAGUUUGUCCACGCCGGACAUCCCCCCCAAGUCCACGCGAGGCUUUUUCGUGGCCUUUUUGUGUCUUUGGCAAUUCUGAGGGUGAGCGAGGACCCUGCAGUGGUCGGGUGACGGGGAAGAUUGAAUUCCUCACUAUUUCUUUCCUUGCUGAGGAAGACGACGAGGACGUCUAAACAUGUAAAUGCGCAAAAGAUGGGAAGGCCGGCGUGCCAGAUGUACAAAACGAUGUAGUUUGUGGUUUGUCGUUAGCCGUCUUUUAGCGAGACAGCUGCUGUAAUAAUCCCGCUCGGUAGUUUAGCCCUUGUUAGCUUUUCUUCCUCUUCCGCCAGUUCUCGAGCAGACGGGAAGUCGCCUGGACCGAAACUUUUUAACGACUAGUCACUUUUUAAGCGGAAUGGCAACAGAAGAUGAUGAACAAAAAGUCAACUUUUUUUCAUUGGCAAGCAUCAUCGUGUAAAGCGAUGUGAGGCGACGGCCUGCCCGAAGACCCGCCUCGAAAUGCUCGCUGAUGAAGGUGGCCGUCGUCAAUAUCCCGCCGCUAUGUUGACGACACGUAAAUGUUCAUGAUUGCGUGAGAAAGACAAAGUGAUGAAGAUAAUGAGCUGCUAAUGCCCACUUGUCCUCUUUCCUUUUCUUUUAUGUCCUUGCUGCCAAUAAAAAAGAAAUCUCUCCUACUAUA